GGGGCCGCCCGCCGCCGCCGAGCCGCCGCCGCGGCGCGCAGAGCGGGCGCGCUGCCCUCCUCGCUAGAUGCUGCGGCGGCCGCCCGGGAGCAGCCACGCUCCGUUUUCGGCCACCGACCGCGGGCACCAGGCAGGGGCCGCCGCUACCGGGGGCCGCGCUCGGCCGCCGCCGGGCCCAGGCGCAGCGCGGAGCGGCGCGGAGAUGGUGCCGCUGGUGCGGAGCGCCGGGGGCUCCCACCAGUGGCCGGCGAUCGUGUUCCUCGGCCUCUGCUGUCUCCUGCCCCCCGGGCGACUCGCCGCUCCGGGUGGAGACUUCCCCGGGGCGGCCGUGGACAACCUGGUGGUCAGGAAGGGGGACACGGCGGUGCUUAGGUGUUACUUGGAAGAUGGAGCUUCAAAAGGUGCCUGGCUGAAUCGGUCGAGUAUUAUUUUUGCUGGAAGUGAUAAGUGGUCAGUAGAUCCUCGAGUUUCAAUCGCAACAGCAAAUAGAAGAGAAUAUAGCCUGCAGAUACAGGACGUAGACGUGACAGAUGACGGUCCAUACACUUGUUCUGUGCAAACUCAACACACUCCUAGAACGAUGCAGGUGCACUUAACUGUACAAGUUUCUCCGAAGAUAUUUCGUAUUUCAAGUGACAUCGUUGUGAAUGAAGGAAGCAAUGUUACUCUGGUGUGCCUGGCCACAGGGAAGCCAGAGCCCUCCAUUUCUUGGAGACACAUCUCUCCGUCUGCAAAACCAUUUGAGAGUGGACAGUACCUGGACAUCUAUGGAAUUACAAGAGACCAGGCUGGGGAAUAUGAAUGCAGUGCAGAAAAUGAUGUCUCAGUCCCAGAUGUGAAAAAAGUAAAAGUCACAGUAAACUUUGCCCCCACAAUUCAGGAACUUAAAUCCAGCGGUGUGAUGCUUGGAGGGAACGGACUGAUACGGUGCGAAGGUGCAGGAGUUCCUGCCCCGGUCUUUGAGUGGUACAAAGGAGAGAGGAAACUGAUCAAUGGUCAACAAGGAAUUACUAUUAAAAAUUAUAGUACAAGAUCACUUCUUACUGUUACCAAUGUGACAGAAGAGCAUUUUGGCAACUAUACAUGUGUCGCUGCCAACAAGCUAGGGACGACCAAUGCCAGCCUGCCUCUCAACCCUCCCAGCACAGCCCAGUAUGGGAUCACUGGUGACGCCGAAGUCCUCUUCUCCUGCUGGUACCUUGUGUUGACACUGUCCUCUCUCACCAGCAUAUUCUACCUGAAGAACAUCAUUCUGCACUAAGUGUAAAGACCCAUAAAAGGCUUUUAAGGAUUCUCUGAAAGUGCUGAUGACUGGAUCCAAUCUGGUAGAGUUUGUUAAAAGCAGCGUGGGAUAUAAUCAGCAGUGCUUACAUGGGGAUGAUCGCCUUCUGUAGAAUUGCUCAUUAUGUAAAUACUUUAAUUCUACUCCUUUUUUUGAUUAGCUGCAUUACCUUGUGAAGCAGUACACAUUGUCCUUUUUUAAGACGUGAAAGCUCUGAAAUUACUUUUAGAGGAUAUUAAUUGUGAUUUCAUGUUUGUAAUCUACAAGUUUUCAAAAGCAUUCAGUCAUGGUCUGCUGAGUUGCAGACCGUAGUUUACAAAAAAAAAAAAAUAUAUUGCAGUAAAAAUGUGCUUCUUUAAGGCUGCAAUACAAAUAUUCAGUUCCCUUCUUAAAUAGCAUUCUAUCCACAUUUACACAGAAACAUUUUUUCUUUUUUGAUAAAAAAAAUUAAAUAAUAUUGCCUUCAAAGUAUUUCUUCAAAAUAUUACACAUAUCUAGAUUUUCUUCUAGCAUGAUAUUCAGGUUUCAAGAAUGAGCCUUGUACUAUAACUGCAUUGUGCAGUACUGCUUUCUGUUUUCUUUCCUUUUUCCUGCAAAUUCAGCAUGGGUGUGCCUUCAUAAAACACUAUCCUCUUCCUCUCCCACAAAUCUGGAAUGUGUUUUGGGAAAUGCUAAAGCAUCCUUUUGAGCAAUCUCUAGCUGAGGACAAAGGUGCUACUGGCUAAAAGGAAAACCUCCUCUCCCAUCUCCAGGGGGUCAUCAGACUGCUUCAGACUUAGGAUAGCACCAACUCCUUUUUAAGUUUUCCAUCGACCACCACUAACCAGUAGGCAAUCUCCGUAAAAAGUAGUUUUCCCAUUACAAAACAGAACAGAAAUUAUUUUGAGACAUCUUUUGAAUGUAGAAACAUUUCCCUUAGUCAUUCUAAAUCAAAAUUCCUAAAUGGCUGUAAAUGUGAGAAGCUGAAUAGUCCCUUUUGUAUUACUGGCAAAAAAACUAUGUGAAUUGGUAUUUUUCUUGCACUUAAUUUUGUACUGGUUUGGCUAAUUUAGCAAUGAUAAAGGAUGCUUUUAAAUAAUAGAUAUCUGAAAAUACAUUAAGUAUCAAGAAGAAUUUUAUAUAUAUACAUAUAUAUAUAAAAUACAUAUAUAUAUUAAAAUGAGGUUGCUCCAAUAACUGUACUGAAGUGCAUGUUGCCAUCCAUGAUAGAAUCAUCUUUACAGACAGGACUUCAUUACCGAUGUACUAAUAUCUUGCCACAGUUAAGUCCUCAUACACUAUUUCCUAGUACUGCAGUCUAUCAAGAUAACACUCUCAUUUCACUCAGUGAAGGAUCAAGUUUCAAAAUAGCAUAUAAUUCUACUAACUUUUUUUUUAAACAGCCCUGGACAGCAUUAACACAAAACAUUGCUCACAGUUUACAGCUGAAUUUAAAAAUGCCAUCUGUGUAAAUUGCUGGGACAUGACUACGGCCAACAGCCCUUGAAUACAAGAUCCCCUCGUGACCCCAGUAGAUCUUGACUUGCUUACAAAAUGACUAUUGAUGACAAGAAUAAUAAAACCAUUAUUAUUCCCCUGUUUCGUAUAUGAACUCCAGUAGGCAACACAGUUAUUAUACUACAACAUUUUUUCUCCUAACAAUAGUUUUUUGUAGCGACCGAUACCAGAUGAGCACUGUGCAUACUCAGCAGUUCUAAGUUCAGUUUACAGAUACUCCACAUUUUGAAAAGGCAGACACUGAGUUUCACUAGUCUCAAUAUAUACUAUCCCAUGCUAACAUGUAGACAGAAUAUGCAGUGAAUCUGUUGUAGUUACUGAUAAAGAGUAUAAACAGAAAUAUGUUGACUCCAAAAUAUGGCAAUAAAAUGUCCUGGGUCACUCUGUGUAUGUUCAGUGACAGAUCGUACUAUUUCUAUCUUAUUAUUUACAGUUGUGUUCUAAGCAGUUACUAUUUUCAGAAAUGUGGCACUUUUUAAAACCUUGAAUAACAUGACAAAAUUAAUUCUUUAAGGAAAUAGUAUGAAAGCAAUUCAAGUUAUACUAUACACAGUCCUGAUAUUCUGAUCUCUCUUGUAUUGCAGCUUUAAAGUGCUAUAUUUUAGAAUCCAUUUGCUAGAAACAGUGGUGCUGCAGAAAGUGUCAUGUCAGUACAGUUUUAUGAAGAAAGAAAAAAGGAUAUGCAUAGCCCAACUCAUACGCCUUGUCUCACAUAAAAUUGAGAUAUGGUUCUAUACUGUGGCUGGAUCAAAUUCUAUAUUUCGAUGAUGUAUUUCAUUUCAGUGAUUCCUGAUAUCUGGAUCCUUAUAUUUCCAGCAACAGAAUAGAAUGAACAGCAGCUUUAUUAAAUACCAAAAAAAAAAAAAAAAUUACGUAUUGACUGUUUGCAUUCGUACCAGGUAGAGCCACUGGACAACAUGGACAAGAUAUUCAGUCCCAUCUCUGAAUUUUCACUUAAAUUUGGGGGGGCAUAAUUAUUGUCAAGUCAAAAAAGAAAAGAAAAGAAAAAAACCAACCACAAAGAUUUCUAGGUGCCAAUGGCAUUUCCUUAGAUGAAAUAGUUAUUUAAUAUCAGUCAGACCUGCGUGUUCAGCAGUGGACAUAUGUGUGUGUGUGCGUGUGUGCAAAGCGCAGUGCGAAGCGUGCCGGGACUGCGCACACGCUGCCGUGUGCCCUCGGUGUCUGUAGGGUUAGUCUCCUGAAGGCUGCUUGUGAGACCCUGCCACUCAGCCCUCCAGUCCUACAAAGAGAUACUUUAUGCACCGAUUAAUUCAACAGAUAGAGUACGUAGAGUCAAAUGACCUUAAUUUUUGCAGGAUGGGAGCCGUAGGUGGUGAUGAUCAAAUAAAGAAACUUGGUUCUCGGUUAAUCUGUUCCAUGCGGUAAACUGGUAAUUGUACAGAUUGGGACUUAUUGGGACGUUCUUCCAAAACGGACAGUGCAGACUGCUGCAAAUUGAACACAACAUUUUACAAAAUCUACCCACCCUUUAAAUUGUGGGGUGCAUUUGCUUUAGGCAACUGUUCGAAGGUAUGUUCUAUGCUUCUUCAAAGGAUUAACCCAUACUGUUCAUAUCUGUCGGGCAAAUAUUAUUAUAUUUAUUCCCAUCUUUCAAACGUGAAAAAUAAAUGGCUUAGCUCCAAGCAGUAUAACUGGAUAUUUAUAUCAAGAUUCUUGUCCACAUUGGAAGCCCCAAAGUCUGUAACACUGUAAGUUCCUACUUGUGCAAUAACUCAGGUCUGCAGUUACCAUUGCAUCGGUGACAUACAUAGAAGCAAUGAUGCUCUAAUUAUACAGUUGCUGAUCGUGAUAUUAUACUAAUACUGAAUUAAAAGAUGUCUCACAACUUCUUGAACAAAUGCAGUUUCUCAAGGGUUUAUAACUUGGCAGGAAACGUGUCCUUCAUAGCUAGACAGCUUUUUUUAAACUUUUCAAUAUAUAUAUUUUUUUUUAGAAACUAUGCUGUUUUUAAGACACAGAAGUGUUAAAAACCAUCACCAGUACAAGCUGCUUUUUUGCACAUUUUUCAGAGCUAGCAUUCUACACAAACAAUGGUAAAUGUUAUGCCUACCAAAAUCUCCACUUAGUCCACAUAACUGUGUUAAAAAGAAUGUGUAUACCAAAAUAUGUAUUUACAUGGGUAAACAAUAUGCCUUAAAGACUAAAUAUGCAUUUACUUCUAUGACUGGAUCAGACUUGUGCCCAGUCUGGAGGUAAAUAAUACAUAUUCCAUAACCUGCCAUGGAAGGUUUUAUUUCUUUGGAGAAAAAAAGAAAAAGAAAAAAUAAGUGUUUCUUUUAAACGAGUGAAAUAAUUUUAAAAUUCUUGCAUAAACUGACAUAUGUGAGGAAGUUUAGGAAAAGGAUAAAUUUUUGCCUGACACUUUAGCACUGGCAGUGCAUCGCCUUGCUCGCAAGGUUUGCCAUAGGGGCUGGCAGCGCCACGGUGCUGCCAAAGGCUCGUUACAUCCCCUUCCACAUCCCCUUGUACGCUUAACUCCCUCGGGUGGCCCCAAGCCAGGGCGGAGUGAGGUGCCUGGGUGCCCCCUCCUCCCGCAGCACUGCAGGAAGGGGGGCCACACACACCCAUGCCCCUCCGGCCACACUGCAGCUUGCAACACAAAAUUCUUUAGAACAAGAAAAUCAUGAAAAAAAUAA